AUGGGAUGUGAUACGGCGUUCAGGGCGCCUUUGCAGAUUCUUCCGAGAUCAGGGCUCGAGCCUCUUCAUAACUCCAGUGCUAUUACUUUUGGCAGCGUGUCUCGUGCUCAAGGGUCUGGUCCCGACGAUGCGUACCGACAGGCUGGCUCGCCAUUAUCACAUUUCAUCACCGACUUCUUCGAAUGCAUUGCUAGUGCUCAACAAGAAUUACUCUAUGGACCAAUAUCACCGGUAGAAAGCGAUAUCAGCGAGUCCAUGCUGCCUUUGGAGCUUCAGUGGCCCGACUUUGGUUCUGCAGCAGCGUACUCCUCUUACAUGCCAGACCCACCGGCCCCAUCAACUUACUCGCCCUCGUACUCGUUCCCCGACGUCACGUAUCAUUAUUCAUCCGUUCCUCACUCACCUAAGUCAUCGGAUCCUCCCCCUCGGACAUGGACUCGUAACCGCUCUCCCAAUCACGUGCCACGCCCUCGAAAUGCCUUCAUGCUCUUUCGUUCAGACUUUCUGGCAGAUCAGAAGCUUAGCACGAAUAUCGAGCACGAUCACCGUCAUAUAUCCCGUAUCAUAGCGCACUGCUGGAAUGGCCUCCCUGAGGUUGAGAAGAAAGUCUGGCGUGACAAGGCUGCUACUGAGAAAGCACUUCACGCUCUUAAAUACCCCAAUUACCGCUUCGCACCUGUAGGCCGCGCCAAAAAGCCUGUGAAGAGGAAGGUCAAGAGGAAUGGAAACCAGGACAGGAAGCGCUGCGAACAGGUUGCGGAAUUACUGUUGGCCGGAAAGCAGGGGAAUGAGCUCGAAAAUGCAGUGAAAGAGAUUGAUGUAACUAUCAGUUCCACUGCAGAUACGGCGGAGGCGGGCGAGGGCGAUGAUCGGGAUUCUGUUAUGGAAGGGAUCUCCGAGCAUGUUGAGCCUGGGGGGUGUAACGUCCCGCCUUUCCGCAGUCCCAUCCUCCCUCCUACGGAGCUUCCGGCUGUACACUCCCAACCCCGAUACGAUGCGUCUCAGCAUGGAUUUUAUACGCUGGAUGGCAAUCCCUUCGUACCCGUCCACAACAUGUGCACAGGUGCAGACUCGCGUCACUCCGAUUUCGAAUCGCCUCAAGGAACAUACGUUGACCUACCUAUGCACGCCAACUUCGACACGCAUUACAGCUACGCUAUGGAACCCUCGCUAAUACAGCCUUCAUUAUCGGUGGCUUCCAAUCAUCACUUUUUAUCUGGACAAAGUCUCGACUACUUUGAUGGGACUUCUGGGCCCAUUUCUGUUGCAGAUACGCCUUAUUUAUGGGCCGCACCAGCUCAAUUCAAUUAUCAUUAUACUCCGAUUUGGGACACUAUCUAA